AAAGUUCUUGUAGAAUUAUCUCCCCUUUCUGUACGCCCUCUAUUGACACGUUCUCUUUCAAGAUGGCAGCCACCACAAGCAAGAUGUUGACGAUAUUAGUUCUCGCUGUUUUAACAGUUUUUACUUCGGCUGAUGUAUGUUUGGGGCCAGUAGUGAGGAGUGAAACUUACACAACAUCAGAGACAACUGUUUCUACGGAAACCGUAUUUAUCUCACAGUUUACGCUAACAUGUAAAAAUGGCCUACAGAAUAUAAAUCUAUUUGCUGAUGUUGCUGGUAGAAUGAUUCCAGCUGUUAGAACAACUGUAACAAACCAAUAUCAAAUUACUAUAACUGACGAAUAUAAAGCUCUAAGAUCAGGAAAUUAUGAAGCCAGAUUUUAUGAUGAAGAAGGAUUUUCUGCUUUAAAAAAGGCUAGAAGAAAUAAUGAAGAUGUAUCAGCCAUUACACCUCUAUUUACUAUAACCAUUAGCCAUGGGGGAGUGUGGCAAGGUACUUAUAUCCAAAGUGAAUUCGUAGCUGCUUGUGUCGCCAUCUUGGUCUGGUGGUUAGCUUUUUCUACAAAAUCUAAACUCACACCUUAAUUUAAAAAAAAUAAAAAAUAAAAAAAUUUCAUUUA